AUGGCUUCACCAAUAACUCUUCUCUCCCUCUUCCUGCUCUUGCCUGCGUUCACCUCGGCCGAACCUAGCUUUGUCGCGUACAAAGAAAAGAGCUGCAGCGAUCCUCUUGAGAUCUGGACCGACGGCAUGAUCAUUCAAGAUAGCAAACUUCUCAUAGAUCAUUCAAUCAAAGAAAGGGGGGAUUUCGACGGCGGUCGCGCCUACAACAAUAUAACAUUCCCAGCCGCGCCAGCAACCGGCGAUUUCGAACAGGACGCAGGGACUCAGUUCGUGUAUUGGAAAGUGGAACAGCCGGACCCGACUUGUCAGUUUAUACUGAUGAGGGAUACUCCGAGGGAAUGGCAGUCUCUCAGCCAGCUGCCCGGGGAUGUGAUGUUAAGAGUGGCCGACGAGGGCUGCUACUAUACGGCUCUAAGUCCAAACGUCGACUUGAUUACCAGCUUCUGCUGCGGCCGCGACGACUGCGCUAUUGCGGAGAUCGAAGUUCAAUAUCAGAGCCCUGCCGAGAGCGUCAGUGGCGACGCCCCGAACUGCACAAUCAAGUCUUACGAUGCUACACCCACCAUCGAAGACGGCCAACAAAUAGCCGUCACCAGGCCACAGACAUGCGAGGCCCCGCCGACUUGCACUCACUCCAUAACCCUGAGUAAGAUGGUCAGCACGGCCGUGUCGCAUUUUCAGUCGUAUUCUUGGACUACCGAGGAAGGAGUUGACGUCAAGAUAGAUGCUGGUGUCGAUUUUAUUAUAGAUUCCAAGGUUUCUGCCGGCAUAAGUUUCAACAUUGCGCAGGGCUGGAUGGAUGAGACCGGGACAACUCUUACGCAAAGCAACAUCACGGCUUCGUCGGAGGCGGGAAGGCAAGAGGCGGGAACCAUAGCAUUCUACGCCUUCACGCCGCAGUACGACUGCUGGAAAGGCGACGUUAGCUGCGGCUACGAUAAUGCCGGAAACGAGGUCGUACUCGAGAGUGUUAGUUUCUGCCAGCCUCGGAUUGCAAGUACUGGCGAUCCGGCUGGACUUUUUAGGAUGGUGUAUACUUCGGGAUGA